AUGGCCAAGAGCACCGCGGAAACAAAUUCUACGUCGAUGCUCGAUGGGAAUGCGGAUCAUUUCAACGUGGAAGCUGCUGAAAUUCUUGCAAAUGAGGCACUGCGAAUGCCUAUUUCGGAUGCAGUGCCAAUAUAUGAGAAACUUCUGGCUGCAUUUCCCACUUCGGCAAAGUAUUGGAAGCAGUAUGUCGAAGGACUUAUGGCUGUAAACAAUGAUGAAGCAACAAGACAAGUUUUUAGCCGCUGUCUGUUGAAUUGCUUGCAAGUUCCUCUUUGGCGCUGUUACAUCCGCUUCAUAAGGAAAAUAAAUGACAUGAAAGGAUUAGAAGGUCAGGAAGAGACAAAAAAAGCUUAUGAAUUCAUGCUUAACUAUGUUGGAGCUGAUAUAGCAUCUGGUCCUGUGUGGAUGGAGUACAUUGCAUAUUUGAAAUCCUUACCGGCACAAACAACAUUAGAAGAGUCACAAAGGAUGACUGCCAUACGGAAGACUUAUCAAAGAGCAAUUUUGAUGCCCACUCAUCAUGUUGAACAGCUUUGGAGGGACUAUGAGAAUUUUGAGAAUUCAGUUAGUCGUGCAUUGGCCAAAGGGUUGGUUGCCGAGUAUCAACCAAAGUAUAACAGUGCAAGGGCUGUUUACAGGGAGCGCAAGAAGUAUUUUGAUGACAUUGACUGGAAUAUGCUUGCUGUUCCUCCUUCUGGCUCUCUUAAGGAGGAAAUGCAAUGGAAGUCUUGGAAAAAGUUGCUGAGCUUUGAGAAAGGCAACCCCCAGCGAAUUGACAAUUCCUCUUCGAACAAACGGAUUGCAUUUGCUUACGAGCAGUGCCUCAUGUAUUUAUAUCAUUAUCCUGAUAUAUGGUAUGACUAUGCGACAUGGCAUGCAAAAAGUGGUUCCAGGGGCUCGGCUAUCAAAGUUUUCCAGCGUGCUUUAAAGGCUCUUCCUGAUUCUGACAUGCUAAAGUAUGCUUAUGCUGAGCUAGAGGAAUCUCAUGGAGCAGUUCAGGCAGCGAAAAAAGUAUAUGAAAGUCUAAUUGGAGAUGGUGUGAAUGCAACUGCUUUAUCACACAUCCAGUACAUAAGAUUUUUAAGGAGAACUGAAGGAAUUGAAGCAGCUCGGAAAUACUUUCUGGAUGCACGCAAAUCUCCAAACUGCACUUACCAUGUUUUUGUUGCAUAUGCAAUGAUGGCUUUUUGUCUGGAUAAAAAUGCAAAGCUUGCGCACAAUGUAUUUGAAGCAGGUCUCAAACGCUUUAUGCAUGAGCCGAGCUACAUUCUAGAGUAUGCUGAUUUCCUGUGUCGGUUGAAUGACGAUAGAAAUGUCCGUGCAUUGUUUGAACGGGCUUUGAGCUCACUUCCGCCUGAUGAAUCUGUAGAAGUUUGGAAUAAGUUCAUUCAGUUUGAGCAGACCUACGGAGAUCUUGCCAGCAUGUUAAAGGUUGAGCAAAGGAGGAAAGAAGCUUUAUGCAGAAUGGCUGAAAAUGGGGAAUCCGUUUUGGAAAACUCUCUGCAAGAUGUUAUAUCCCGGUAUAGUUUUAUGGAUCUCUGGCCUUGUUCAUCUAAGGACUUGGAUCAUUUAGCUCGGCAAGAGUGGCUCACUAAAAAUGCGAAUAGGAAGGCUGAAGCUGUUCCAGCCAACGGGCCUAUGUCUACAGACUGGAAAAUUUCAAGCGGUCCAAAAAAUCCAGAUAUUUCUGGCAAGAUUGUACUUCCAGAUGUAUCCAGAAUGGUGAUUUAUGGCCCGGGACAUCAGAAUGGCCCUCCUGCCCCUGGAUUGAGUGCUUUCCCAAACCCGUUGACGAGUGGUGUACCUGUAAAUAGUGGAGGAACAACUUCAAUCAAUGAUAUUCUAAAAACCCUACCCCCACCUUUAGCUGCAUUUGUGACUAAUCUGCCAGCUGUUGAAGGUCCAUCCCCCGAUGUUGAUUUUGUGAUAUCCAUAUGCUUGCAAAGCAACAUAGCCUCAGUAAGUGGGAAUCCUGGGAUGCCUCAAACAUUGCAAAGCGCGCCUGCUCCAAGCACUAGUGACAUGUCUGGUUCAAGCAAAUUUAAACAAACUAGAGACAGACAACAAGGAAAAAGGAAAGAGUCUGAGAGGCAAGAUGAGGAGACAUCCGGCAUACAAAGCCAAGCACAGCCUAGGGAUGCUUUCAAGAUACGGCAGUUACAGAAAGCUCGUGCCGGUGCCACUGCCACCACUUCACGUACAGCAUCCUACGGAAGUGGGCUUUCAGGCGAUCUCUCGGCCAGCUCUAGUUUAUCCAAAUGUUCGUGGAAAUCCCGAAAAGACGGUAACAGACGAAAUAGUAUGGGGAAUUCGCAACAAACGAGGAAGAGAGGUACUACUCGUAGGACGACCGACAUCGUACCUGAACGUAAUGGUGAAGGUGGUACGCAGAAUGAUGAAGGAGUGACCCGAUGUCGGACAAGAUUGCCCCAUGUACGGCAAAGGGCCACGUACAGGAAGUCUGAUAAGUCACGAGAAGUGUCGGAGAGCGCUAUCGCUACACUGGAACGUGCCAGUGUUCGCUUGAAGCGAUUGAAACUUGGUGCGCGCACACCGAGCCAGUCUGAUAACGACGAUUUUGUUGACGAUGUACCCCUGGGAGAUAUUAUAGCAAAAUGUAAUGUCACUAGCCGCUCUACAAGACUGUCGUUAGUACAACAAGGUGACGACUCCACAAAGCACGAUAACCCACAAGAAGAUCCGACCUUGGAUAGAAUGAUCGAGGAACUAGAACGUGAUGCACCAGAACGUGCUGGUGACACUUUGAAACAUUCGGAGGUUGGUGCACGCAAAUUGAGUCAGGCUGUUAGUGAUGACGUCCUUGAUGAUGUACCUCUGGCAGAACUUGCAAAAAGACGAUAUGGUACUGGACAUCUGCCCUUAUUACAGAAAGGCGACACGACCAGGAAUCAUGCUAACACAAAGGACGAACGAGUUGGUGACGAUGUCCUUGACGAUGUACCUCUGUUAGGACUUGCAAAAAAAUGA